CAGCAACGCGACCGCUCCAAGCCCCACAAACUAAGCCGGCGGUUAAACAGGGUAGCUGUGCCGUCAUGCGGGCAGUACCUACCCCUCCACAUAAGUAUGCGCGAUGCCUACGCGUGAAAAGAUAGACGCGACGGCUCAACUACCAAAUACACACAUUUAAUACCUCUAUCACCGCGACCAUGGCUGACAAAGAACCCAUUGUGACCCACGUCUACACUGCUGAUCCGUCGGCGCACGUCUUCAAUGGCAAGCUCUACAUCUACCCCUCUCACGACCGCGAGACAGACAUCAAAGACAACGACAAUGGCGACCAAUACGACAUGGCCGAUUACCACGUCUUCAGCAUGGACACUGUCGGCGGCCCCGUCACAGACCACGGUGUAGUUCUCAAGCAAGAAGACGUUCCAUGGGUCUCCAAGCAGCUCUGGGCACCUGAUGCAGCAACCAAGAACGGGAAAUACUACCUCUAUUUCCCUGCACGCGACAAGGAGGGCAUCUUCCGCGUCGGCGUCGCAGUCGGCGACAAGCCCGAGGGCCCUUUCACGCCAGAGCCCGACUACAUCAAGGGUAGCUUCAGCAUUGACCCCGCGACAUUCGUUGACGAUGAUGGCUCAGCAUACCUCUUCUUUGGCGGAAUCUGGGGCGGCCAGCUGCAGAACUGGGCGACGGGCAAAUUUGACAAGUCGGGCGAGGAGCCCACAAGCGGCGACGCGCUGAGCGCAAAGGUCGGCAAGCUCACAGAUGACAUGACGCAAUUCGCAUCCGAAGUCACCGACGUCCUGAUCCUCGAUCCCGAAACGCAGAAGCCUAUUCAAGCUACGGACCACGACAGGCGGUUCUUCGAAGCUGCUUGGCUGCACAAGUACAACGGCAAGUACUAUUUCAGCUACAGCACGGGCGACUCACACUUCCUAUGCUAUGCGGUUGGAGAUAGCCCUGUUGGGCCCUUCACGUACGGCGGCAGGAUUCUGGAGCCCGUGGUUGGGUGGACGACGCAUCACAGUAUCGCAGAGUUCAAGGGGAAGUGGUACCUGUUCUACCAUGACAGUACGCUCAGUGGUGGAAGGAAUCAUCUGAGGUGUGUCAAGAUCAGGGAGAUCGUGUAUGAUAAGCAUGGCAAGAUUGGGUUGGCGGACCCGCAGCCGAAGUUAUCGGAGGACGACGCGCCGCCUGCGAAGCUCGAGGGGUGAGUUUAAUAUAUACAGAUAAAAUGAAAACUCUGCGCGUGCAUCACGGUUGUUAUCAACA